AUGGCUGCCGCCCAAGACAUAUCCGCAAUAACAACCCUCGCGACCCCCAUAACCCUCCCAUGCGGCCUCACUCUCCCGAACCGUCUCGUGAAAUGCCCAAUGCAAGAGACCCUAGCACAAGCUCCAUUCUACGACCCGCCUGUACCAUCCUUCAACAACCUCUACGCCGAAUGGGCAGCAGCAAACUACGGCCUCAUCAUCACAGGCCAAGUUCAGAUUGAUAUUCGCUUCCUGUCCAUUGCAGGCGACGUCGUGUGCCAUUCCAAGUCGCUCGAGGCUCCCCAUCUCGAGAGAUGGAAGGCAUGGGCGCGAGUCGCCCGUGGGGAGGGUACGCGGUGUAUUGUGCAACUGGCGCAUCCGGGACGCAUGUCCCCCGCGGGUGCUGGGGAGAGGCCGGGUAAUAUGCCGGCGAUGUGUCCGUCUGCGGUGCCGGUCGCGUUGCCUGGGGCUGACUCGAUGCUGAAUAAAUUCGUUAUGAGUAAGGUCCUGGGGACGCCGAAGGCCAUGACGCUUGAAGAGAUUGAUGAAGUUGUGGGCAUGUUCAGGCAUGGCGCUCGCGUGGCUCAUGCGGCGGGCUUCGACGGCAUCCAACUUCAUGGAGCCCAUGGUUUCCUGCUCUCACAAUUCUUGUCACCACGCACGAACCAACGCACAGACACGUACGGUGGCUCGCCCGAGAAACGCAUGGCUUUGCUGAAGCGCCUCGUGACCGAGAUUCGCGAGGAGUUUCCUCCUCCAUUCUGCGUCUCCGUCAAGCUCAACUCGGCGGACUACAUGGCCGACGGACAAGGUCUUCAGACGAGCGAAGGUCUAGAGCAGGUGCGCUGGCUGAUAACAAGCGGCAUGGUUGACAUGAUCGAGAUCAGCUGCGGCAAUGCAGAAAACACGACAUCCAAAUUGCACAAUUCCUUCGGCGCCAAGACCAUGGAUCGUGCGCCGGAGCGGAAGGCAACUACGCGUAUUCGCGAGGCAUUCUUCUCUGAUUUCGCGGACGAGGUGCAGAAGCUGCAGGCUGCAGGCUCAAAGGGGUAUGUUCCCAUUCAAUUGAGUGGCGGAUACAGAAGCAGAGUCGGGAUGGCAGACGGCAUCGAGUCUGGCGUCACGGAUCUCAUUGGAUUGGGAAGGAGCGCUGUGCUUGAACCGACUUUGCCGCGGAAGACACUGCUCAAUCCAGCCGUGCCUGACUCGGACGCGAUAGCCAUGAGCCACAUUGUCAAAGGGCAGUGGUUUGCUAAUGCCAUUCCCAUCAAAGUUGUGGGCAGCGGGCUUGGGAUUCAGUUCUUCUACCAUAAUAUGCGUCGCCUGGGCAGAGGGUUGGCAAGUGACCCGGACUUGAGUAUACCUAUGAUGCUGGUCAAGGAUGUUAUUGAAACGUUGAGGAGUGGACUGGCUACUACGCUGGGUCGCAUUGUACAGAGUAUAGACUACAGACCAGCUCAGAAGCUGGACUAG